CGUGUAAGACUCCGGGCGUGGGGUGCUGGGCGCGGGACGCGACAACUGAGAAUGCAAAAGGGAAAGGACUGUUGAGCCCCAACUGAGGGUGCGUAUGCAAAUGAGCAAAUCCCAAAUUGAAACUCAAAAGUUUGAUAACACAAGAGAAGUAAUUCAGAAUCAAUUAGAGUUUCCCUCCCCUCUCAAAAUUCCGGAACCAAGGCUCUCUAACUUUGAAGGCCUCAACACUCAAUCUAAUUCCUCUUUCUAGGGUUUAAGCAGGGCUUCUCAGCAAUUCGAUAGCACCUACCACAAUGUCAUUUUCCUUGUUUUCAACGCCGCAGCAACAGCAAUCGCCUUUCCAGCAGAGUAGCAUGUUUCAGCAGCCGCAACAGCAGCAGCUCCAACUUCAAUUUCAGCAGCAGCAGCAGCAGCAGCAACAACAACAACAACAACUACAACUGCAGCAGCAGCAGCAGCAACAGCAACAGCAACAGCAGUUGUUUCUGUUCACCAAUGAUAAAACUCCCGCUACUUACAGUACCAACUGGUCCGAUCUACACUGUAAUUUGUUACUUAAGGGAGCGGAUAUUGGAGUAUCGGGACGAAAGCCAGAGGCUUGAUCAAUGUAGUCGUCUUUAUGAUUCUUCUGUUUCCAAUGAUGGGUUUGAGCUUGAUGCAAGCCACAUUGUUCAGGAACUUGGUGGAAUCAGCACUGGUAUGGAAAGACAGAAAACUGUGCUGCUGGAAUUGAUGUCUGUUGUCAAGGAUAUGUUACGCAACACUGAGGUAGCUGUUCGUUCCUUUAUGAUGCUACGUCCAAGGUUUCUUCAUCCCAGUGGGGGAGCAUCAAGUGCCACUGCCCCAUCACAGACUGCUGGUGCAACUGCAUCAUCUGGUCCAAGUAGCCAACCAACUGCUACAUCUAUAGUGCCUGUUUUUGACUUCUAUAGUGGUCUUCCAAAGAAACCGUCACCCUUUUUACAGCAAACAGUUUUAAGAUUUGAGAAGUAUCUUGGUGAAUGUCAUCAGUGGAUUGAAGAAUUGGAGCAGCUUAUUCUUUUGGACUCUGAGAGAAAUGGUUCCUCUAAUGGAUCCUCGUUGUUGCAAUCUCUUCCCAAAGUCAUGACAAAUGUGCAUGAUUUUUUUGUUCAUGUGGCUGCAAAGGUCGAGAGCAUUCAUCAAUAUAUUGAAUCUAUGAAAUCAGCAUAUCUAGCUGAUCAACGCCGACGGGGGGAGGUGAAUGAUCCAUUUUUAGAGGCUGACCGGCGAGAAACUGCAAGACAAGAAGCCGCCUCAAAAAGAGUUCACCCGACGUUGCAUUUACCUGCAAAUUCACAGCCCUCAACUCAAGUUGCAGGGUUGUUUUCUAGUUCAGGAACUCAAGGAGCAUUGGCUGCCCCACAGACAUCCACAGCAACUACAUCAUCAUCAGGAAGUGGACUCUCUCUUUUUAGUACACCUUCUUCUGCUCCAUCAUCUUCUAUGUCAUCGUCUUUGUUUGCAACCCCAUCAACUCCUGCCCUAGGGUCUUCUUGGUUUGGAUCAUCUACUGCUACACCUCAAACCUCACUUUUUGGUUCUACAUCCUCCUUACCUGGUCCUGCUUCAACUCCUUCUUUGUUUAGUAAUACUGCUCCCUUGUUUAGUUCAACUCCAGCUGGAAAUUCGCUCUUCUCAAGUUCAUUCGUGUCAGGUGCUGCAACAGGAUCCGGUGCGAGCUUUGGAGGAUCUAAAAAUCCGCGGCCGAAAACCCGACCUGCUCGCCGCUAAUAAAAGCGAGCUGAGAUCAUAAAGUUGAUGAUACCCUUUACUGCAUCCAAGCAUGCGAUGUUCUGCAUGAAGCAUGGUUUUUCUUGUUAGGUCUGGUCCUAAAAUGGUCAUCUCUGAAUCUGGUGAUGUGGGAAAAUGGAUACUGCUGUGAGGGCGCUGGUAGAUGUUGAUGUAUUCACUUCUGGAUUCUUGGUCGUUUUGAUUCAUUGAGUUCUUCCAUUAGGCUUUCAGUGAGUCACUGUUGGCUCCAUUUCAUUUAACGUUGUAGAUUAAUUGUAGGUUAGAUGAUUUUGAUUGCCAAAUUCUCAUGAAUUGUAGCAAGCCUGUCGAUCAUAAAUGGUUCGCUGUUGUAAAAGAUAUCAAUUGCCAUUAACUAAGCAGUUUGUUUGGACACAACGUGGAGUAGUUGACCCUUUUCCUUUUUCCUUGAA